GCAGGAGGAGGAAAGAGGAAGUGAAAACAUCAGCCGUAUCUAAAAGAGGAGAGGAGACCGAUAGAGCUGCGCUGAAGCUCGCCAAACUCCGAACAUCAGCACUUUCAUGGUGGAAAAGUCUGCUCCCUUAAUCAGCCGAGCCUCCAGCAAGGCUUCUGCAGUCACUCCUCUGGCAGAGCUGGCCCUGUGAGCCUCUCGGAGACGCUCAGAUCAGCGAACACUCCUGGGACGCUGCACAGGCGUGAAUGAGAAGACGACAGCAGUGAGGCUGAGGGACAAAGUCACGCUGCCACCACCAUGCCACCUCCCGCCGACAUCGUCAAGGUGGCCAUCGAGUGGCCGGGGGCUUUCCCCAGGUUGAUGGAAAUAGACCAAAAAAAGCCCCUGACUUCCAUCAUUAAAGAAGUCUGUGACGGGUGGUCCCUGGGGAACCAUGAAAACUAUGCUCUCCAAAAUGCGGAUUCAACAAACUUCUACAUCACAGAAAAGAAUCGCAAUGACAUCAAAAAUGGCUCAAUUUUGAGAUUGACAUCAUCUCCUGCCCAGAAGGCACAGCAGCUCCACGAGAAGAUCCAGUCCUCCAGCAUGGACCUCAAGCUGGAGGCGCUGAAGGACCUGGCCAAUGCUUCGCGUGACGUCACCUUCGCCCAGGAGUUCAUCAACCUGGACGGCCUCUCCCUGCUCACCCAGAUGGUGGAGAGUGGCACGGAACGGUAUCAGAAACUGCAGAAGAUUAUGAAGCCCUGCUUUGGCGACCUGCUGUCGUUCACGCUGACGGCGUUUGUAGAGCUGAUGGACCACGGCAUUGUGUCCUGGGACACCUUCUCCUUGGCCUUCAUCAAAAAGAUUGCAAGUUAUGUGAACAAGUCAGCCAUGGACACUGCUGUGCUGCAGAGAUCUCUGGCCAUUCUGGAGUCCAUGGUAUUGAACAGUCAAGAUCUCUACCAGAAGGUGGCGCAAGAGAUCACGAUUGGUCAGCUUAUACCACACCUCCAAGGGACGGAUCAGGAUAUUCAGACGUACACCAUCGCUGUGAUUAACGCUUUGUUCCUGAAGGCCCCCGAGGAGAAGAGACAGUUUGAUGAGGAAAAUGUGAACAUCCUCGAUUGCCCUCUGACAGAGAUGGCCCACAUCCUGGCACAGAAACAGCUGCGAAACAUCAUCCUGAGUAAUGUCAUCCGAAGCACCAGGCCCAUUAACGAUGAGAUGGCCCAUCAGCUGUACGUGCUCCAGGUGUUGACCUUUAACCUGCUAGAGGACAGAAUGAUGACCAAGAUGGACCCCCAGGAUCAGGCCCAGAGAGACAUCAUAUUUGAACUCCGCAGGAUCGCGUUUGAUGUCGAAUGCGAACCGAACAACAGCGGCAGCAUCGAGAAGCGCAAGUCCAUGUACACCAGAGACUACAAGAAGCUGGGAUUCAUCAACCACGUCAACCCUGCGGUGGACUUCACGCAGAUCCCCCCGGGAAUGCUGGCCCUGGAUAACAUGCUGUACUUCGCCAAGCACCACCAGGACGCCUACAUCCGGAUUGUCCUGGAGAACAGCAGCCGGGAGGACAAGCACGAGUGUCCGUUUGGGCGGAGCAGCAUUGAGCUGACCAAGAUGCUGUGCGAAAUCCUCAAAGUCGGAGAGCUGCCGAGCGAGAACUGCCACGACUUCCACCCCAUGUUCUUCACACACGACCGCGCCUUCGAGGAGUUCUUCUGCAUCUGCAUCCAGCUGCUCAACAAGACCUGGAAGGAGAUGAGGGCCACGUCCGAGGACUUCAACAAGGUGAUGCAGGUGGUGCGGGAGCAGGUCAUGCGAGCUCUGACACUGAAGCCUAACUCCCUGGACCAGUUCAAAACCCGCCUGCAGAACCUGAGCUACACAGAGAUCCUGAAGAUUCGCCAGUCCGAGAGGAUGAACCAGGAGGACUUCCAGUCCCGCCCCAUCCUGGAGCUGAGGGAGAAGAUCCAGCCCGAGAUCAUGGAGCUCAUCAAGCAGCAGAGGCUCAACCGGCUGUGUGAGGGGACCUGCUUCAGGAAGAUCAGCAGCCGGAGACGGCAAGACAAGUUCUGGUACUGCCGCCUGUCGCCCAAUCACAAGGUCCUGCACUAUGGAGACCUGGAGGAGAGCCCCCAGGGGGAGGUACCCCAUGAUUCACUGCAGGACAAGCUGCCGGUGGCUGACAUCAAAGCGGUCGUGACUGGAAAGGACUGCCCCCACAUGAAGGAGAAAGGCGCUCUGAAGCAGAACAAGGAAGUGCAGGAGCUGGCUUUCUCCGUGCUGUAUGAGUCAGACGAAUAUUUAAACUUCAUCGCUCCUGAUAAGCAUGAGUAUUGCGUAUGGACAGACGGUCUAAACGCACUCCUGGGGAAAGAGAUGACCAGCGAAUUCACCAAGUCUGACCUGGAUGUUCUGCUCAGCAUGGAGAUGAAGCUCCGCCUCCUGGAUCUUGAGAACAUUCAGAUUCCCGAAGCUCCGCCCCCCAUUCCCAAAGAGCCUAGCAAUUAUGACUUUGUUUACGACUGCAACUAACUACCAACUGGACCAAUCGUUUCUUAACUCGUACUGGAAAGAACUUUUAAAAAAGACAUCAACGAAAAAAGAAAAAAAUAAGGAUCUGUCUAACUUUUUGUUUUUUCUUGCUAUACUUGCUAAACUUACUUUUUUAAGGUGUAUUUUAAUGUAUUUGCAGCACUUAACUUGCCUGUGAGGCCUUCUGAAUUCAUUACAACCCAUCGCCCAUCGAGGUCUAGAAAGGCCAGCUCUGAAGAACCCAAGCAGUGCUCAGAGUUUGUGACACAAGCAUUGGCACGCUGAAACUCAGGCGCUCGUUGAGGGAGGACCACGACCAGACCAGUAACACAUGUCCUGAUUGUUUGUUUUUGACUUUGUUGUAGAAUAUUCUUGGUGAACAAUUGUUCUUCCUU